GAAUCAAAACCAAAAAGCAGAACCAAUCUCUUUCUUAUACUCAUCGUGGUAAAUUUUCCGAAAUAUUCCGUUCUCAAAAGUACCUGAAGUAUCGGAAAAAGGUGCAAAAUUUUAGUGAUUUCAGCUGGUGAUAGUGCACUUUUCACUAACACUUUCAAGAGCUCUACGGCAAAUUUUUGUUGUGCGGAAAAACAAAUUUUAGUUCACAAAAUUUCUUGUAAAGUAUUGUUCUUGUAAAGUAUCUUUAAUUUAAAGAUUAAUUGGAGUGGAUGGUGGUCUUUAUUUGGAAAAUUGAUUUGGUAAAUUAAAGUUCACUUUAUCAAAUUUUGUUUGCAACUUGGUUAUUGGAUUGAAAACAUUGAAUCAGUAUUAGUUUUACUUCUUGGACUUAAAUUAAUUUAAAAUGCUGUUUGUAUUGGUUUGUGUUCUAUUUUGUAUUGAAGCUACAAAAUCAAUUGAGUUGGAUAAAGUUUAUCGUUAUCAACCGGAGCAAGUGCAUUUGUCUUUUGGUGAAACCACACAAGAUAUUGUUGUAACCUGGUCUACUCGCGACAACACAAAUUUUUCAAAAUGUGAAUAUGGCAUCAAUAGUUUUCAAUUUGAACAAAAAUCGAAGCAUAUACCAUUUAAAUUUGUUGACGGUGGCAAAGGAAGGAGCAUCCAAUAUAUACAUAGGGUUUCGCUGUCAAACUUAGCUGCUGAUUCACGAUAUAUAUAUCACUGUGGCAGUUAUUUGGGUUGGUCGGCAAUAUAUUGGUUCCAUACACCAAAAAAUCAUACUAUGUGGUCUCCAUCAAUUGCAAUAUAUGGUGAUUUGGGAAACCAGAAUGCACAGUCAUUACCACGUUUGCAACAGGAAGCUCAACGCGGGUUGUAUGACGCUAUUAUUCAUGUGGGCGAUUUUGCUUAUGAUAUGCAUUCAGAAAACGCCGAGAUUGGUAAUGAAUUUAUGCGCCAAAUUGAAUCUGUAGCUGCUUACUUACCAUAUAUGGUAUGUGCUGGUAAUCACGAAGAAGCCUACAAUUUUUCGAACUAUCGUGCAAGAUUUAACAUGCCUGGUGGCUCAGAGAAUCUCUUCUAUAGUUUUGAUUUGGGAUCUGUACAUUUUAUUGGUUUUUCCACAGAAGUUUACUAUUUUCUUCAGCUUGGACUAAAAUCGCUAAUAUUUCAAUAUGAAUGGCUAGAACGAGACUUAAUCAAAGCUAACAAGCCGGAAAAUCGAUUAAAACAUCCGUGGAUUAUUACUUUUGGGCAUCGGCCAAUGUAUUGCAGCAAUGAUAAUGGUGAUGAUUGUUCAAAAUAUAAUACAGUUGUUCGAAAAGGUUUACCUGUGCUUGGUACUUUUGGGUUAGAAGAUCUCUUUUUUAAGUACGGUGUUGAUGUUGAAAUUUGGGCUCACGAACAUUCAUACGAACGUCUUUGGCCGAUAAACAACUACACUGUUUUCAAUGGCUCAUUAACCGAACCUUAUCGGAAUCCUGCAGCACCAAUACAUAUUAUAACUGGAUCUGCUGGCAAUAAAGAAGGAAGAGAACCAUUUUAUAAAAUCAUUCCCAAAUGGAGUGCUUUUCACAGUCAGGAUUAUGGAUAUACACGUUUGAAAGCCUUUAAUUCAACACAUUUAUAUUUUGAGCAAGUUUCCGAUGAUAAAAAUGGUUCAAUUAUCGAUAAAUUUUGGGUUAUUAAGGAAUAUCACGGUUCUUAUAUGUAAAUGAUACUUAGAUAUAGUAGAUCUGUUCCACGAGUUACUCGUAAACACAAGUACAAACUGAGAGCGUAACUUAAAUAAAAUGAAAAAUUACGCUCUUUACACAAAUUUUUAUGGUGCAGCUUAUGGAGUGUGAAGUCUGGUGAGAACACCAGUACUUCGUUAAUAAACAAUACAAAAAUUUAAAUUCAAACCAAAACAGCAACACAAAUUUUACUUGAAAUAAAAUGUACGUGUAAUGUUUGUGUAGCGUUUUCAAAUUUCGACAGGGAUGUUACGCUCUCUCAGAUGCUCUCAUUUACUGGAAAAUUUGCCGGUGGAACGCACUUGUGUAUACACAGUGCUAGUCAAAGUUACUACAAGUAGCUCGUGGAAUAUACCUGUUGUGUUAUUAGCUUUUAUGAUAAUUUGUAAUCUAUAAUAUAACUUAGUUUUAAUGUUAAACUAGUGGUACACGAAGCCACGCAUUAUAAGGCGUUUGCGAUGCCUCGCAAGUGUGACCUAUUGGCCUAGAUAGAGAAAAUAGUGUUGUUGUUUUGUGUACAUUUCAGCCUGUAUAGGCCAGCAACAUGCUGUUUUUUGUCAUUCUUCCGAACCAUCGAAAACGCCUAUUGUAAUUAAUUCAUUAUAUUCAAAUAUGUUCUUUGGUUUAGUAAAUACUAAAUUCGAAUAAUUAAAAAUAAAAAUAUUUAGUAUAUGAA